ACUCACAUUGGGACGUGGUGAAAUUCCACCAUCCAUUUCCGCAAUCGGGCGGUGGACUAGCGGUCGGUUCAAGGGUUUCGUCGCCCAAGACAAAAUCAUUUGUGGGGGAAUUGAGGCAGGCGGUCUUCGCCGGGUCACUCGAUCCGUUGAGGUCAGGAAACAAUCCAGCGUUGCUGACGGCCUUCAGCGAGAGCAAUCCGACCGGAUCGUCCAAUGCAUUGGGUUCGGAGUUCAUUUCGUUCUCUGGAAUCUUCCACGCAGAAUAGGACCAACCCAGCCCCCGCUCGGCGGCAAAGAGCUGUCGCGCCGCGAAGGAUGCUCGGUGACUCUCCCACCACUCCGAACCGAUCGUUUCUUCGAACCGGUUACACUGCCCGUAGUCCAUAAAGUUAUUGUUCUUGUGCCUCCAGGCACAGUCGUCGAUGCUAAGGUCAAAGCCCGAGCUCCAAAAAACAGGGAGACGGUUUCCGAAACACGCACUAUGUUCGAUUGGUGAUCGCAUGGUGCAGGCCACGGUUUCGUGGUAGAAGAGUUUCGACCUGUCUUCCUGAGAGGAAGACGAGGCAAUAUCUGCUAUUGUAGACGUAUGGGACCAUUCCAGCGCAGCGUAAACCUUGGGAUCAUUCAAGCCCAUCGGCUUUACCAAGUCGCCCAACCCGACAAGUGGGACAAAGAGAGGCAAAUCAGGACCGAUCUUUGCCCGCACAGCAUCUAUCAUCGUCUCAACAUUGAUCUUCAUUUCCUUAGGUAGAACGAUACCAAGUACGGCGCCAUGAGACGAUGCAUACUCGGAAGCCGACACAACGGAAUCUAUCUCGUCUCCUGUGGCCACAAGUGACAAAAUGGCCUGCAAUCCUUGUCCUUUGAGAGUGUCCAAGGCCUUCGCCAAGAUGACCUUGGCGACUGCUCCGGUAUCGUUUUCGGUUGUAAAGGCAGAGGUUGGGACAGCAAUCUGCACUGUAUUCAAUCCCAUAG